CCUAACCUAUCAGUGGGAGAAGUAAGAGUGCCACCUAUGAAGUCAUUAGUCCCCCAACCCCCAUCCUGAACACAUGUUCAACAUCCUCUGGGCACAGGCUGAGCGGAGCGCUGAGACACAGCUGAGAAUUAGAGAGGAAGAGCGGGAGAGAGAGAGAGGAAGAGGGCGCAGUGAAGUGGAAAUAUGGGUGAGCAUUAGAGAAAGACAGAAAUAGAGCGAUAAAGCAGUGAAUUAGGCAGAGGCAGGGAGAGGAGGAGGAGGAGGAGGAAGAGGAGGAGGCAGUCUUUCACUGAUGCUUGAUGCAGUUAGAUUCUCAUACAGCAGCAGAGAGCCGUCGUCGAGCGUGGAUGAGAGAACCUCAUGGAUUUGCUCCCGUCUGAGUCUCGGUGGAAUUCAUUGCAUCCGAAGCAGCUGCAGACGGAGGAGGAGGAGGAUGCUGCGACUGCGGCUGGAUGUUAGGAUCCAUGCGGGCCUGUGAUGUCUGCGUCCUUCUUCAGGAUGACUCUGACCGAGAUCGUGGAAUCGCGGCACUGCUCCUCCUCGGGUGGUCUGCCGAUGUGAGGCAGACCAGGGAUGCUCUGGACCUCGGCGGUCGCCGCUCAGCCUGCUGCCUCUGCUGACAUCUGUCUCCGUGGAUACGCACAGCAGCUGGAAGGCUACGCCAUCAAGACUGAUCCGUGAUAAUAAUCCCCAGCUGGAGAACAAACAACAUCUGGGUGUGGAGAGAAGGGAGAGGGCGAAGCCUCAGCUGGGUGGGCGGCAGAUGGUGACACUGCAGCAACACUUCUCCAGCAUGGAGGAGACGGUGCGAACGCUACUACAGAACCAGGACUCACUGGAAGGGCCCAAAGUGGACCCACUGGACCUAAUGAAAGCAUACAAGGACAAACUCCUGGAGGAAAUGUGGAAGCAACAGGACAGUCUGGAGGGUCCCACAUCUGCCACACCAACAACAGAGAUGUCCACCUCGCCCGAGGCCGGUGGUGGCAACGGCGGUUUAGAGGACAAUUCAAAGGACAGCAAUCCCCUGUUGGAGCGGCUCAGAGCGCUCGAGGCAGAAAACUCGGCUCUGUCGAUGGAAAACGAUAACCAGAGGAAGCAGUACGAACGCUGUUUGGAUGAGGUGGCUAAUCAGGUGGUCCAGGCUCUUCUCACGCAAAAGGACCUCAAAGAGGAGUGUGUGAAGCUGCGGACCCGUGUGUUUGACUUGGAGCAACAAAACCGCAUACUGAGCGUGCUGUUUCAACAACGUGUCAAAAUGUCCACGACUCCCGUCUCCCAGGAGGUCCAAAGGAAUGGAAAAGCAGGAAUUCCUGCAGGAAGGUGGCCCAGCCUGCUGAGUCUAACGUGCCCACGCAGCAGUGGCAGCGGCAGUGGCAGUGAGCUUUCACUCUCCAGCGCUUGCAGUGAAUAUUCCAGUGGCUCCCACACUUGGGCAGAGGGACGUGGCUACUCAAAGCAGUGUGCCUCAAGCCGAGACAAAAGGAUGAGUACUGGUUCAGUAUCCAGCAAUCACUCCGCUGCUCUGGAGCACACAGACCUGGGAUGGAAGGAAGGUCACAUUUUGAAAGGCCUGAAACGUCUUCAAAUGUCCAACUCCAAGGGGACUUCCUCCCUUCCAUCUGUACCACACUGCAAAGACUGUAUGACCUCAAACGAGGGUAUAUACUCACUUGGUGUCAAGUUUGCCCAGCGAGGGACUACAGCCAAGCAAGUAGCCCCUACAAGUAAACCUUUCAAGGCAGAAACAAGGAUUUCCAUUGUAGACUCUGAUGAUGCGGAUGACGAAUUGCCUAAAGUACCAAACAGCGAAUCCAGUGACCUGCCAGCAAAAGAACUUCUAAGCUUGGACAAGUUGGAGGUCACUCAGGAAUUUGAAGUAGAUCCUGUGAAACUUUCAGGGAACUCUGGUCUGUUUCCUUCACCUGUCACAGACAACUUCUUAUUUCUGGAGGGCCCCACAGUUAAACCUGGUGUGAGCCCAACUGAUAGCCUUACACAUCUGGAGGAAAUGAAGAUAGAUUCACUAGAAAAACAUAAAGGCGUAAAGUUGAGUGACAGAAACAAUAACCAGGAAAGAUCCACUGACCGUAAAUCCAGGCUUGAUUAUGUCAAAGGACAACAGGGAAGAGCGUCCUCCAAACAAGUGGAAGUGGGAACAGGUGAUGUUGGCUCAUCAGUUCAACAUACUGUACCAAGAGCUCUGUGCUGCAUGAAUGAAGCCAGGCAGCGCAGCUCCUCAAUGGAAGUUCCUCAUCGCAGAGACCCAAUAAGUCAAGCCGGCGGUGACCACCAGGACUAUUCCGCCUCAGAAUCUCCUCAGAGGAAACCAAAACCUCAACUCUGUGACUCAGCAAGAAAGGCUUUUAUUUUGCGGAGCAAGAGUGCAGAUGGAGGACCAGAGCAACAAAAGCACACACAUUCUCCUCUACAUCAAAAGCUUAUCAAGGGUCAAAGGCCCAAAGGACAGCCCAGCCCUAACCCUACAGGGAGCAGUGCCCCUAGCAAAAGGACAAAUUUAAAUAAAGCCCAUGGUUCAACCAAGAGCACAUUAUCUAAAACUGAGAAAGAUGAGGAUAAUUCAGCAUCAUCAAGUUCCAAGUCUCUUGAGAAGAUGCAAAAGUGCUCACCUCUUGUUUCUCCCGUGAAACAUUCAAAGAUAUUUAAGUCUACAGGGGUCAGUGAUGGCUUAAAGAGUCCCACAAAAUCACAAAUAGCCAGACUUCAGUCAAGCAAUGACUCUUCAGAAGAUGGUAUCUAUGACAACUUACCAUGCUCUCCACGAAAACAACGACGUCAGGACCAUGACUGUGACUCAGAACUCAGAUCCCUAUCCCCGCCGCGACCCCCAGGUCGAACUACUUCUCUUCUUCUCAGACCUAGUAGUGACAGCUUUCCCAAAGAUCAAACAUCUCCAGGGCAGGCUCAAAGUUCAAUGACUGGCCCAACCAAGUUGCAUAUGCAUCAGGUUUCUUCAGUCGUACAACCUCAACAAUCCAGUGCAAUACUAGAUGGUCAACAUGCAGCCCCACAAAUGGGUGCUGAAGGUAAAAUGUACCACACCCAUUCAUCUAUGAUACCUCCUGUUGUAGUUCAAGAAUCACAAUCAGCUUCAGAAUCUGUCCGGUUAUCUACAGACAGAGCUACCAUCAGCUAUAUUGAAAAUGGCGUUCCCUCUGUAUUGCCAAAUCAGAGCGUCUUGCAAAGAUCCCAACAGAGUGUCAGUGAGCCAAAACUCUCGGAAGUCUUACCACCAGCAUAUUCUAAUGCAUACUACCAUCCACAGACUUCCUCUUCAAGAGCCGUAAAAAGGACUCUUCCUGUAAAUGCCAAAUCUCAUGAGGCAAUCGCUGGACAAGAAGCAAAUACCUUCCUCAUUUUCGGAAGGCAAAACAAGGACGAUAUGAACCCUUCUGGAAAAAGCAUCCAGACCUUUCAGACUUUCACGUGUGACCCCCAGACAAUACAUGAAUCCAGCACUCAUGAUAACACCCGCAGAAAGAUUGAGACCCGUUGCAACUCGCUAGAUUCUGAGCCUUCUGUCCAACCUGUUGUGUCAGACAGUGGUGUAAUGCUAGACUGGGGAUUUGACGAGGAAGGCUGGCUGUUCAAACGGUCUGUAUCUGUUUCUACUAGACCUCCUCUUAAACCAGUGCUGGGCAUGAAUGGGGCCAAAGCUCGUAGUCAGAGCUUUGGUGCACGCUAUAUGGACAGACCAAGCUUCAACAGAUCUGGAAAGGUCCGCACACAGAUCAAAACACACUCAGGGAGCUCCUUGAACUCUCUUGGUGAUGUCCUCCCAGGAAGUAUGAGCUGCUCCAGUAGCUACCACUGUCCAAUGAAUCGAUCCCUCUUAAACAACUUUUUGAUUGAAGAGGGACUAGCAGUUCCUUUACAUCUGGGGUCCUCCAGUGAAAGACUCCAAAGUCUCAAACUCCAGCGUGAGCAGGCUAGGCGACUUCAGAUAGAGCAACAGUUUUCGAGCGCCUUCGGGGAGCCAGUUUCUGAAGAGCCUGAGAGACAAAGCACCAUAACUACAAUUGAAGAGAAAGUGAUGCUCGGCAUAGAGGAGAACUUGCACAAGUCUCAGGAACAAGAGCGAACCAGUGAGGUGAAGCAAAAAUCUGGAUCAAGCUUAGCAAGUUGGUUCGGCUUUCGUAAGAGUAAGCUUCCUGCUCCCAGCAAAAAGGUUGAUCCACCGAAAGGAAAAGACGACAAGAGGGAGCAAAAGAUCUCAUCGCUUCUGGGCGGAAAGCAGACAAAGUCUGACAAGAAGAGAGACAGAAGAAAAAGUGAUGGAAAAGACUGCUCUGUGGGGAGAAGAGAGUCUCACGAUGCAGUGCGGGCAUGCAUCUCAAUGCCCUGCCCGGGUAUGUCCCUGAGUGAGAUACAAGGACAUGCUGACAUCAUCGGGGACCCGAAGAUGCAGAUGAUGAACAGAAGAUCUGACAGUGAAAAUGGAUCCACGGUGAAGAGCCCGAACCAGGAUGCAGUAAUAGGCUCCGGCUGCAAGAUGCGAACGUUGGACAGUGGAAUCGGGACCAUCCCCCUUCCUGAAUCCUGUUCCUUCUUCUCCUCCAUCCUGCACCUCCUCCCCAAAUCCUCAUCAACCCCAGAGCAAUCCCUCAGUCCUCCCAGUGUCCUUGGCUCCUCCAGCGAGGACGCAUCUCCUUCCCCGUUACCCCGGUGGAGAAUUCCCUCCAGCUAUAAGGACGGCAGCCAUGCAGGGGUGCCAAACUCUCUGUCCGAUUCCUCCAUGACCCAUAUCCAGUCAGUGCCUUUCCCCACUGUGGCCUUCCUCCAGCCCAUCCAAACCCCGUCUGAACCCAUUAUGACCUCUGCCAGUGUGUGUGAAGCCCAGAGCAGGCUACCCAGAGCACCACAAGGUGGAUUGGAACCAAAGAAGUUGACCUAUAUUAAAUCGAAAACACGAGCCACUCCGAGCCAACAGAAAGAACAGACGAGACUUCAGCUGGCCAACUAGUUUCUGAAGCUGGAUGAGUCAACUUGAAGAGAGAAAUCAUGCGACUGGGUGGACUUAUCGCCGAGCCACACAUGGAGGACCUCCAAAUCCCACAGUUUGGAUUCUGUGUCCGGAUGAAAUGCUCAGAAGUGGGACAAAAAGCCAGCUUGGCAUUGUUAGGCUUCCACCUCUGCUCAGUGUAGCGUUAAGAUACCGAGAAGCCUUUCAGGUGUAGCAAUGAACUGUCUGGCAGCCAUUUUGGAGGUCUGCAUCUUGUUUGGCAUCAGCUGUGAGCAGCUGAUUGUAUUUAUCUGCAACAGACUUUUCUUCACAGAAAAACAGGUUUUUUUUUCUUGAAAAAAAGUUUAAAAUGUACAUUUAGCAUGUUUAGCAUAAAAGCUACUGUAGCAUUAAAAGAGCUACCUAUAAUCUCAAAAUAUUCUAAUUGUGGGUGUGAUCACGGACUAUAAAACACAAUGGACAUAGCUAUGAUUAGUCACCCACUGGUUACCAAAAUCCUGUAUUUGAAACUUCAAGUGCAGCAAAUUCAUUGUCACCAUCUUAACAUUCUCAAAUCUUAAAAACCUAUCAUACAUUUGAAAAAUAAAAAUAAUUAAAAAUAGACGGAACCCAUAAACUCAUCAGAAAAGCACCUACUAAAGUCAUAAAUCAAUGGAGAGGAGUUAACAUGAGUCAGAACUAAAUUAAAGGGGUUCUUCCCACUGUCUUUCAUACACGCAAGUCUGAGGAGUCGCCCCCUGCUGGCUACGAGAAAGAAUGCAGGUUUAACGUACUUCCACGUUGGUUUCAUGUUUCCAAGCUGAAAGUUACAUUGAUAAAGUAGAGCUCAUGUUAGUAACAAGCAGCUGUUUUUCACAUAUUAAAGCUUACUUGUUAAGCUUAUUUAAAGUGGUCAUGAAACGCUGCACAUAUAAAGGCAAAUUUACACAUGGAGCCCUGCUCUCAA